AUGUACGCUUUAGUAUCUGAACCAUGUAAAUAUCAUGGAUUAUGUCGGAGGUCGGUCAACACUCACAACACAGAGAUAGAUGCCUGUAGCAAGGAGAAACAUGUUUCCUUCAUUAUGCAGUACAAACCCGAAUCAAACUCAUGGCAAGAAGUAUCAUCGUUUGAUCAUUUGGGUUUCAGACAUCAUUUCCGCAUUGUAGCCAAAGGGAAUGCUAUCUAUUUUAUUGGAGGUGAAGAAUGGGGGUAUGGUGUCGCGAGCAUUGUUUUCAGUGAUGUCAACAGAUACGACCUUACCAAAGACGAAUGGAGCAAAAUACCCGACAUUCCUGAGGCCAGUAGGUACCCUUGGGUUGCUGCUCUGAACGACAAAAUCGUUGUUGGUACAACUAAACAAAAAGAUUUGCUGUGGCAAACGUAUCGAUGCUCAGUUUAUGACGAAACGACAGACGAGUGGCGGUUUAUUCCAAGCCCCAAUGGCCGUCUUGAAAAACUCUUGGCCGUUGAUGGCAAGCUGUACGCUGUGAGCAAUGUAAUGCGAGUUGCAGAAAGCAUAGGCAUAGAUACAAGAAUCGAAUGUUAUGACGCUGAUAAGAAUGAAUGGAACCUGAAAAAUGAAACAACUAUCCCUGGCGUGAGUGGAUUUACAAAUGCUUGUUCACUGAGAAUUUUCAAAGGAUUCCUUUCCGACCAUCAACUAGAAAAUUUCACUCCUUGUAGCAUAUCUGGACCUUCUGUCACACAGUCUACGUCCUCUGUCAAAUGCAAGUGCCACGUCAUGUGA